AUGGUUGAUAUCAAGACAAAUAUUAGUUUUGCGUGUCAACGUUGUUUACAACCACUAAGACUCGAUCCCAGUUUUGAUCACCUUGGUGAACACACACUAGCUGAAUUAUCACUUCCAAUUCAACAACAAGUUGUAGGUGAAAUAGAACCACAAAGUGGUAGCCUAGAACAUUUAGUACCACCAUUUAGACUUACGGAAUCAGCAAAUGGAACCAAUGGUUUUAUGCUGGUUGGAGAUUCUGGUGAAACUGAAAGCCUUAGUCAUCAUUUGAGGGUGCGAGCGACGUUAUUCGACAUCCUAAGUAGCAGCAGUGCUGCAGAUCAUCCUCUUUGCGAUGAAUGUACUGACAGUCUCCUGAUGCUGAUAGACCAGCAGCUCCGAAUGACAGAGGGCGAGUGGUCCGAUUACAACGAGUACCUAAAGAAGCUAGAAGCUGAACAGCAGCAGCUCAAUAAUGACAACGGGGAGUUGGAGAUGCUGGCUAAGGAGCUGGCUGAUGUUAAAGCUGAAGAGGAACGAAUGAUCCAGGAGUUAGAGGCCUUGAGGAAGGAAGAAGCUGCCACGAUAAAUGCUAUCGCUGAACAGGAAUCCGAGCGCGAGAGGUUGGAGACCGAGGAGGAGAGGUACUGGAAAGAGUACUCCAGGCACAGGAGAGAUUUAAUUUUAGCUGAAGAGGAAUGUCGAAGUUUGGAAUGUCAAUUAGCCUAUGCAUCAUCCCAAUUAGAAAGACUGAAAAAAACGAACGUAUUCAAUGCCACAUUUCACAUUUGGCAUUCAGGUCACUUUGGUACUAUUAAUUCAUUCAGAUUGGGUCGUUUGCCAAGUGCACCUGUAGAUUGGAGCGAAAUAAACGCUGCUUGGGGUCAGACCACACUAUUGCUCUCAGCGCUUGCAAGAAAGAUGAACUUGACAUUCCAACGUUUUCGUUUGGUGCCUUUCGGUAACCACAGCUACAUCGAGGUCCUUGACCAGCAGAAGGAGUUACCACUCUAUGGAAGCGGAGGGUUUAAAUUUCUCUGGGACACCAAGUUCGACGCUGCUAUGGUUGCAUUCCUGGAUUGCUUGCAGCAGUUCAAGGAGCAGGUGGAAAAAGGUGACAGUGGAUUUUGUCUACCCUACAAGAUGGAUCGAGGAAAAAUCGAGGAUUCGGCUACUGGGAACUCAUAUUCUGUCAAAAUCCAAUUCAAUUCUGAAGAGCAGUGGACCAAGGCACUAAAAUUUUUGUUGACGAAUUUAAAGUGGGGCCUGGCUUGGGUCAGCUCACAAUUUUCAAAAGACGAGGCUGAGCAUUAA